AUGUCCAAGUUCAAGUUCAAGUUCAAGUCAGUGCCCGAGCACAAGCACAAGCACCCACCAAGACCAGCGCGGACACUACUUUCGAUCCCACCUUCAUCAACACGCCAGUUCGGCUUCGGCGCCGUCUCAUUCUCAUCCUCACUCUCAUUCCCACUCCCAUUCUCACGCUUCAGUUGUCGCCGCUUACAAUUCGGCUCUCAAGAGACCCCUCGUCACUGUUCAUCCUCUCUCCGACUCCAAUUACGUCUCCUCUGUCUCCUCCUCCUCGACUACAGCAUCAUCUACACCAACAUCAUCAUACGGCUCGCCCACCACCACCGCAACAACAACCCCGGUCUCGUCUCCAGCCUCAGAUCCGUCCACUUCCGCUCUGGCACGACAAUCAUCUCUAGCGGUAACAAUAACAGCACCGCGCCCUAUAUUCCCGUCCUCUCUGUCGUGCCUCCGCCUGGCCAAGACGGCGGCGACGGAGAGGCAAGACGGCCCGCCAUGCAGCGAGUAUCUUCCUUUCUCCCCUCGUGGGACAAGAGGUCGUCGGGAGGUUCUAGAGCUGGCCUCUUUGGCUGGUCCUCCAACCGUUCCAGCACCUCCAUAUCCGUCGCAAACUCCAAUGCAUUAUCCAGGUUAAAUACUGCGGCCGCUAAUGCCAGUGGCCGAGUACAACGAGAGGCUUUCUGGCCGGCCACUCUGGAUCUCGAAUGCGAAAAGGCUGCCCGCAUCCUCAAGUCAUUCUGCACGGAUGGAUACCUCGUGCCAUUGGAGGAAGAAGAAGACGCACAAUCGACGACAAGCGAACCACGCUCCCCAAGACGAGUCACCAAGAAGAUACCCAAGCGCAUCAUCCAGAACGCAGCCGGAAUCGCCAUCUUUACCUGUAUGCGCAGCGGUCUGUACAUGACAGGCUCCGGCGGCUCCGGUAUUCUCAUAGCACGAAAGUCAGAUGGUACCUGGUCACCCCCAUCAGGAAUCAUGUUACAUACACCCACCCUCAGCUUUAUCAUCGGCGUCGAUGUUUACGAUUGCGUUCUUGUUAUUAACAACCUUGCCGCCCUCGAAUCAAUCACAAAGCCUCGUGUCACCCUAGGCGAAGACGUCGGACUAACUAGUGGCCCCCUGGUAUCGCUUGACUCAGAUGAGUCGCACAUAAAAUGGAAGGACCUGGGAAAUACCGUUCUGACAUACCUGAAAGCGCGGGGUCAAAAUCAGGUAGUCAACUUGAACGGGUGUAUCCUGGCCGAGCGAGGAAACGAGAAUGAGCGAUUCUAUGCCAACCAAGUAACACAGAUGGACAUUCUGGCUGGUAACGUCGCUCGCCAAGUAGAGGAGGUUGGCCCGCUCUCAGAGGUUAUCAAGAUGGCAGAAGGUAGGACAGACUACGAUGCCUCUGUGAUAAGCAAGAUCGCUGCGGAAUGUGCGCCAGGAGACGCCAUGAUCGCGACACCCAAAUCUUCAACACCCGCCUCGCCUCGAACUGCCUUUGGAAUUCCCAAUGUCGAUGAUCCCGAUCCCUUUGGUGUGUUGGCCCUAGAGAUGGCUGGCUUGGAAAUUCGAGAGGCAGGAUCAAGACUACGACCUACCAGCAGCCAAUUUGACUUCAACCCCGCGCCUACAAGCCCAGCAUUCUCAAAGUUCAACAGGCAAAGUAUUGACACCUUUGUCUCGAGGAGUAACCGAAACAGUUACAUGUCCUCACGAACGGUGAAAAGUCAAAUGACGGAUGCUGGAACACAGACGGAUGUGGGCACAACACCCGAGACAACGCCCAGCCCAGGUCAGAGCGAAGACGGUUUUGACAGGUCUACCCGCACGCAAAUUCCCGAGGUCACGGAAGAAGAGGAGGAGGUUGAUUACACAAAGGUCGAUCUGACCCCUAUAAGACAUUUGAGCGGAGCCCAUACUCCUCUCAGUGCGACCAGCCACAGUAGUACAACAGCUGUGGAACAAGACACCCUCAAAGUCGAGCCCCGGGAUGACACUGACAAGGCCUCGAGCAACUAUGACAGCGACAGGGACGACAAGAGCAGCCGAAAGACCGACAAUGAGGGUGACUCUGAAAGCGAGGUGGAGGAAGAUGAGGAGGAGGAAGAACCCGUGGUGUUCGAGGUGGCUGCCGUCCAGCCGGCCAGAACCCAGGCUGUUGCAUCCCGCAUGAUCCAUGCCAAGGGUAACAUGGUUACCAUCGGCAAGAGAAUUCCUCCCCCGCUGCCCAUGAGGAGCCCUGCCCGGGCCUCGCGAUCCAGUAAGAGCGAGAUGGGCGAUGUCUCAAACCUCCGAAGCCCUCUGCGAAAGGAGGCUUUCAGCGAGGAAGAUCUUGCAUCUGAAGAUGAGCAGACCAAGUCUGACUCUUCACCUUAUCUCAAGCCCCAGGAGUUCAAGGUCGAGAAGGUCAGGGUUGAGGCUAAGAAGGCUGAAGAGCCCAAGUCUGAGGAGCCCAAGAUUGACGAGCCAAAGGCAGAAGAACCUGAAGCUAAGGAGGCCAAGGUUGACGAGGUCAAGGUCGAUGAGCCCAAGGUCGAAGCGCCCAAGACUGUCGAGAACAAGGCCCAAGAUGACACGUCUUCCGAAUCUGAGGUCGAGUUCUUCCCAGCCGAAGAGGCAAAGACGGACAUUGCCAAGACCGAGGAGCCUCAAGCACAGGAGCCUACUACCGAGCCCGCCAAGAUCGAGGAGCCAGAGGAGGAGGUUGCAACUGAAUCCAAGCCUGAGACCAAGGAUGCUCAGACAUCACCUACACUUCCCCAGACUGAGCGGCCCGAAAGCCCUGUGACACCCGAGAAGAAGCACACAUCGUCUAUCUACACUGGCGUUACUGAUGACCGAUGGAGUGUCGAUGGUUCUACACUUACAACACCUACAUCUGACCGACCUUUCUCAGUUAUUGACGAUGUGACUGAAGAUGUGACCCCGCGGAAGCCAUCAAAAGAGGUCGAACAAACCAAGGAGGCUGAGCUAACUGAGCUGAACGAAAAACAUGAAGACUUGAAGAAGAUUACAUCGAACGAGACAACUCCCAACACGAUCACGGUUGUAUAA